AUGGAUUCGGAGUCCGAAUACCCGUCUCCGUCGGAAGAAGAGAAGAGUACGCUUCGCAAGGUUGCGGGCUCGCUUCCACUGGUUUCAUUUUCCUUGUGUCUGGUGGAAUUCGCCGAACGUGCAUCCUACUACGGAGCGAAGACAGUGUUCAGCAACUUCGUCCAAUUCCCACUCCCGGAAGGCGGAAAUGGAGCUGGUGCUCCCCCUCGCGGCACGCAGAAAACAGCGGGCGCCUUAGGAAUGGGUCUCCAGGCGUCCUCUGGGAUAACAUUGCUUUUCUUAUUUCUCUCAUAUGUCAUUCCGAUAUUCGGGGGCUGGUGGGCCGAUGUUCACGUCGGUCGAUAUAAAGCAAUUUGCGUGGGUGUCUUCAUCUGCGGUGUUGCUCAUAUCAUUCAGGUCUUCGGUGCUAUCCCUUCGGUUCUUCAAAAGGGCUCAGCCCACGGAGCUCCACCUUUCAUCAUUGGUCUGCUCCUUCUGGCAUUUGGUGCCGGUAUAUUCAAGCCGAAUGUGUCGCCUCUUAUCCUUGACCAAAACCCCCACCAGAAAGCCUAUACGAAAACCCUCAAGUCGGGCGAGAAGGUGAUUGUGGACCCUGAGGCAACAACAAACAGAAUCAUGCUCAUUUUCUAUGGCUUCGUGAAUGUGGGAGCGUUCUUCAUGUUGGCGACCACAUACUCCGAGAAGUAUGUUGGGUUCUGGCUAUCAUUCUUGCUGGCGGGCCUGAUAUACCUCUUGCUGCCACUUCUACUUGCGGCGAUGUACAAGAAGACGCACAAAAGACCACCAGCUGGAAGCUCUGAGAUUUCGCAGGCGUUCAAAAUCAUUGCCACUGCCCUCCGUCAAAGCAAUUUCAUGUUUUGGCGGAAAGACUUUUGGGAGCAAGUCGCACCCGCCAAUCUUCGCCAGAAGGGCAUCAUUGUGAACUGGACAGAUAAAGACGUAAAAAACGUCUCCAGGACUGUGGCCGCUUGCGAUAUUUUCUGGUUCUAUCCGAUCUGGAAUCUCAACGAUGGCGGCAUAGGAUCCAUAACGACAAACCAAGGUGCAUCAAUGAUAACCGACGGAGCGCCAAACGAUGUCCUGGGCAACUUUAACCCAUUGACAAUCAUGUUUGUCAUUCCGGUCCUUAGUUUUGUGGUGUAUCCUGCCCUGCGCCGCUAUCAUAUCAAUUUCGGUCCAAUCAGCCGUAUCACGUUUGGAUUUUUCUUGGCAACGCUCGCCGGUCUUGCUGGUGCGCUGGUCCAAUGGCGCAUCUAUUCACUCUCGCCCUGUGGUAAUUUGGCCUCGACGUGUGAGAACGUUGCGCCGAUCAGCAUCUGGUGGCAACUGCCCAAUACAAUUCUAAGCGCUCUGAGCGAAUGCUUCUGCAACGUGACUGCAUACGAGCUUGCGUACGCGCGAUCUCCACAUGGCAUGAAGGGUCUGGUGGUGGCGUUCUUCCUCUUCAUGAACGCUUUAUCAAGUGCGAUCGGAGAGAUUAUGCUGCCAGCCACUGCUGAUCCAUGGCUGGUCUGGGUUUGGGGUGCACCGGCUGUGGCACUUGCGUUGCAAACUGUCGUUUUUUGGUUCAGAUUUAAGCACCUCAAUAACGAGAGUUGGACGGAGGAGGAAGAUACUACGACUCUUGUCCCCGAGGGAACAAAAGCGUGA